AAAAAGGCCUGCAUUCGCAUGACAAAAUCCAAACAGCUCGGUCUCUCAUAUUUCUCAAAACUCAUUAACUUUCUUCCAUAUAUGUGCCCACAACGAGACUUUUGCAAUUUUUCCUUCGUUUAGAGAAUCCUACAACAAUGGAUAUGAGGAAGUUUUUCCUGGUUGCUUUUUCACUGGCUCUGGUUCUGGGGCUGGCUGAGAGCAUUGAUAUCCAUGACAAAGAUUUGGCUUCUGAAGAGACUCUUUGGGACUUGUACGAGAGGUGGAGGAGCCAACAUACAGUUUCCAAAGACCUCAAAGAGAAGCAUACUCGUUUCAAUGUGUUCAAGAUGAAUGCAAAGCAUAUCCACAAGGUUAACCGGAUGAACAAGCCUUACAAGCUGAAGCUGAACAAGUUUGCUGACAUGACUAACCAUGAGUUCGUAAGCUCCUAUGCCGGUUCCAAGGUUAGCCACUACAGGAUGUUACAUGGUGAUCGAAAAGCUACAUGCUUCAGGCAUGAAGAGACCAAUAAUCUUCCACCAUCUGUCGAUUGGAGGAAGAAAGGUGCAGUCACUGGGGUGAAAGACCAAGGCAGAUGUGGUAGUUGCUGGGCGUUUUCAACUGUAGUUGCAGUAGAGGGUAUCAAUCAAAUCGAAACAAAGGAGCUGGUUUCCUUAUCUGAACAAGAAUUGGUAGACUGUAACAAAGACAACCAAGGUUGUAAUGGAGGAUUGAUGGAAACUGCUUUCGAGUUCAUAAAGCAAAACGGUGGCAUAACAACAGAGAAUAGCUAUCCCUACACUGCCAAAGAUGGUUCUUGUGACUCGUCCAGGAUAACGAAUUCUCCUUUGGUUAUCAUCGAUGGACACGAAAUGGUACCUGAAAACGAUGAGAAUGCUCUGAUGAAAGCUGUUGCAAACCAACCAGUAUCUGUUGCUCUCGAUGCUGGUGGUAAGGACUUUCAGUUCUACUCAGAGGGAGUAUUUACAGGAGACUGUGGAACAGAACUGAAUCAUGGGGUGGCAAUUGUGGGUUAUGGGGCAACUUUAGAUGGGACAAAAUACUGGAUAGUAAAGAACUCUUGGGGAGCUGAAUGGGGAGAGAAAGGUUAUAUAAGGAUUCAACGUGGAAUCGAUGCAGAAGAAGGGUUGUGUGGAAUUGCAAUGGAGGCCUCAUACCCCAUUAAAUCAUCCCCUAACAACACCAAAAGAACCUCUUUCAAGGAUGAACUCUAAUACUAUGCAUCUAGUUUUGUCAAAUUUUCCGUUCCAGUUUAGUUCAUUAUGGUACGAAGAUUUAAGCUUUUGUUUUUGUCUAUGUAGAAGCAUGAAUCUUACUCUCUCUCGCACUAGGUGUUUACGAAGAGUUUGGAAUAAUUUUAUAAACGUUUUUGUUUGAUUUGAUGUCUCAAAAGCAUAAUAAUAAAGAAGUUUGAAUUUCCAUGA